AUGAAAUUCCUGAUCGCCCUCCUGGGAGUCUUCCUGACUCAGGCCCUCGCCAAUGAUAACAUCAAAAUCAACAAUUCAGGAAAUGAUGGUGGAAGUGUUUCCCAGCAAGUCAACAUCAACAAUCAGGACAACAUUGCUAAUAUCAACAGUCUGAAUGGCUGGAACUCCUGGGACUCCAUCUGCGACUUUGGCACAGGGUUUGCUGCUACCAGACUGUACAACAAGAAGAUCUGUGUUGUCACCAAGAUGAAACCAACCUUCCCCACCCUCGAGCAGCUCAGCGCCAUUGCCAAAAACAAGCAACAGGCUUCUCCCAACACCCAGCUGGUGACCUACACUAUCAACCAGAAACCCAUUGUUAACAUUGAAGAGUAUGGCAAGCACAUUGAAUCUCUGUGCAGAGGCAUGCCAGCCUACACUGCCCAGGAAAUGCCCAGUGCCGAAGGAGAGUUUGCACUCUGCAGUUCCAACAGCAUCAUCACAAUUUUGGGAAUCAGCUUCUGUUUUUAAGAUGUGAA